UAAUUUAGCGAAGCGAGCGGCGGCGGCGUUUCUCGUUGCGUGCUGAGCUUGGAGAAUUUGUUUUUUCUCUAAUUAACUUACAUUAACUAUCAGAAUUGUUAAAUAAAUCACAUUUAUCCUAAAAGUGCGUCCAAAAUGGAUGGCAAAUCAUUUCUUUAUUCUUGGUGCGCCAAGAAGGGACUUACGCCGGUUUACGACAUUCGGGCUACAGGUCCAAAGCAUCGCCAACGCUUCCUAUGCGAGGUCCGCGUGGAAUCCAUCACCUAUGUCGGCGCCGGGAACUCCACAACAAAGAAGGAAGCCCAGAUGAAUGCUUCCAAGGACUUUGUCAGCUACCUGGUGCGGACCGGCCAGGUAGCUGCAAACGAGGUUCCGGAGGACACUAGAACUACAGUUAAGAAUGAAGACGAUGAUCAGGGAAAUGGAGAUAUCCAGCAACAGCAGCUUAUGCAUGAGCAGCAGCAGCAAAGAUCUGUUUUUCAGGAUGGCAUGGGACCGCAAAUGAUGGGCCAGGCGUACCAAGCAUACGGUGGUCAAAGCCAGUCUUCUAACUUCACAUACAUGGACCGCAUGCAACAACAAAAGAACGUAGAAGAGGCUGAAGACUUGGAUGUCAACGCAAGUCUCCAUGGCAACUGGACCAUGGAGAACGCCAAGUCUAAACUGCAUCAAUUCUUGCAGAUUAACAAGAUUAAUACUGAUUAUAUGUAUAAGGCGGUCGGACCCGAUCAUACGAGGAGUUUUUGCUGCGAGAUGUCGAUAUACGUGCGUCAACUUGGUCGCAACGUGACCGGCCGUGAGACCGCCUCGAACAAGCAGACCGCGAGCAAAUCGUGCGCCUUGUCCAUCGUGAGGCAGCUGUACCAUCUCGGUGUCAUUGAGGCCUUUAGUGGGACGCUGAAGAAAGACAGGUCUUCGGAAGGCAUAAUGAAGCCUUACCCAGUAGCAAUCAGCCCAGAACUGGAACAACAAUUAGAAAACACAUUGAGAGAUCUCGAAAUCCAGCCAGUAACAAUAGAUCCUUCAGGUACAUAUUCAAGCGAGGAGGGCCAAUCAGGGUUAACCUUGUUACAAGUUGAUAGGGUGAAAGCGAUGCGGGAGGCGCGGCCUACGCCGGGAGGCGUGGUCUCCUGGUCCCCGCCCCAGGCUAAUUGGAAUGCUUGGACUGGCUGUAAUAUUGAUGAAGGCCCAUUAGCCACUACAAGCCUGGAAGAUAUUAGUGCGGACCUUGAGAAACACCACAGAGAUAUGUGUCAAAACAGCACACUAUAUCAGGAAAGUAUCCGUGAAAGGGAACAAUUACCAGUUUAUGCGAUGAGGUCGCAGAUCAUGGAAGCUAUCAAUGAGAACCCCGUUAUCAUCAUCAGAGGCAACACUGGAUGCGGAAAGACUACACAGGUGUGUCAAUUCAUCCUAGAUGACUACAUAGCAAGUGGACAAGGUGCCUGGGCCAACAUAUGCGUGACACAGCCGCGGCGUAUCUCCGCUGUGAGCGUCGCGGAGAGAGUCGCCAGCGAGCGCUGUGAGGACCUCGCUAAUAGUGUCGGGUAUUCAGUCCGCUUCGAGUCAAUGCUGCCCAGACCGUACGGGUCCAUAAUGUUCUGUACCGUAGGAGUGCUGCUGAGGAAGCUGGAAGGCGGCCUCAGGGGUGUCAGUCAUGUACUAGUUGAUGAGGUCCACGAACGCGACGCCGACACAGAUUUCGCGCUAAUCUUGCUACGUGACAUGGCCCAUACAUACCCGGAUCUGCGCAUCAUUCUCAUGUCGGCUACUGUUGAUACCACGCUGUUCACUACGUACUUCGGGAAUUGUCCUGUUAUUGAGGUCCCAGGCCGCACAUACCCAGUGCAGCAAUACUUCUUAGAAGACUGCGUAGAACUGACCAAGUUCGUGCCGCCCGCCGACGUACGCAAGCGCAAGGCCACCGGCAAGAAGACCAACGCCAGGGGAGAGGAGGAGGAUGAUGAUGAUGAAGGUGGUGCCGAUGAACAAGAUGAAGACUUGAACAAGAACUGUCAGCUAGGCAGCCAGUACUUGCCGACCACUAGCCAAAUUAUGGCCAGGUUGUCUGAGAGAGAUCUAAGUUUCGAGCUAAUAGAAAGCAUAUUAACCUACAUCCGGAACUUACAAGGCGACGGGGCGGUACUCAUCUUCCUCCCUGGUUGGAACUUAAUAUUCGCUCUCGCCAAACAUUUGUCGCAACACCAAGUGUUCGGGAAUACGUCACAGUAUGUCAUACUGCCGUUGCACAGUCAGAUACCUAGGGAAGAUCAGAAGAAAGUUUUUGUGACGCCUCCACCGGGUAUGACUAAGGUGAUCCUAUCAACGAACAUAGCAGAGACGUCGAUCACGAUCAACGACGUGGUGUACGUGAUCGACUCGUGCAAGGCCAAGGUGAAACUGUUCACCUCGCACAACAACAUGACCUCGUACGCCACCGUCUGGGCUAGCAGGACUAACCUUGAACAGCGCAAAGGUCGUGCAGGUAGAGUGAGGCCGGGUGUUUGCUUCACGCUGUGUUCCCGCGCCCGCUUCGACCGACUCGAAGAACAUCAGACUGCCGAGAUGUUCCGCACUCCUCUGCACGAGUUGGCUCUCAGUAUAAAGCUCCUCCGGCUGGGCAGCAUCGGGCACUUCCUGUCAAAGGCGCCGGAGCCGCCGCCGCUGGACGCGGUGAUCGAGGCGGAGGCGCUGCUGCGCGAGCUCGGCUGCCUCGACGCCGCCGACAGCCUCACGCCGCUCGGCACUAUACUCGCCAAGCUGCCUAUAGAACCCCGUCUCGGCAAAAUGAUGGUGCUAGGCUUCGUCCUCGGCGUGGGUGAUGCAUUAACAACAAUGGCGGCCAACUCCACCACUUUCCCCGAGAUCUUCGUAGUGGAGGGGCGGAGGCGCCUGUCCAACCACCAGCGGGCGCUAGCAGGGGAUAGGGCUUCGGAUCAUGUCGCUAUGCUUAAUGCUUUUCAGAUGUGGGAAAGAGAGCACGCCAAAGGCGAGGAGGCGGAGACUCGGUGGUGCGAGUGGAAGGGGCUGCAGCAGACUACUAUGAGAGUCACCUCCGAAGCCAAGUAUCAGCUCACUAAUAUCCUGACAACAGCCAUCGGUUUCCCUGAAGAGUGUUGCAUGGCACAGCGUUGGCACCCCGUGGGGUCAGACCCCACGCUGGACCUGGUGAUAGCUCUCAUGUGCAUGGGGCUCUACCCCAACGUGUGUCUGCACCAGGGGAAGAGGAAGGUGCUAACAACAGAAGGCAAGCCAGCCUUAAUACACAAGACAUCAGUGAACUGCAGCAACCAGGAGCAGCGGUUCCCUUCGCCGCUGUUCGUGUUCGGCGAGAAGGUUCGCACCCGCGCCAUCAGCUGCAAGCAGACCAGCAUGGUGGCGCCGCUACACCUGCUGCUCUUCGCCAGCAGGAAGGUCGAGUGGGUAAGGAAGACCAGCUCUAAUACACAAGACAUCAGCUGCAAGCAGACCAGCAUGGUGGCGCCGCUACACCUGCUGCUCUUCGCCAGCAGGAAGGUCGAGUGGGUAAGGAAGACCAGCUCUAAUACACAAGACAUCAGCUGCAAGCAGACCAGCAUGGUGGCGCCGCUACACCUGCUGCUCUUCGCCAGCAGGAAGGUCGAGUGGGUAAGGAAGACCAGCUCUAAUACACAAGACAUCAGCUGCAAGCAGACCAGCAUGGUGGCGCCGCUACACCUGCUGCUCUUCGCCAGCAGGAAGGUCGAGUGGGUAAGGAAGACCAGCUCUAAUACACAAGACAUCAGCUGCAAGCAGACCAGCAUGGUGGCGCCGCUACACCUGCUGCUCUUCGCCAGCAGGAAGGUCGAGUGGGUAAGGAAGACCAGCUCUAAUACACAAGACAUCAGCUGCAAGCAGACCAGCAUGGUGGCGCCGCUACACCUGCUGCUCUUCGCCAGCAGGAAGGUCGAGUGGGUAAGGAAGACCAGCUCUAAUACACAAGACAUCAGCUGCAAGCAGACCAGCAUGGUGGCGCCGCUACACCUGCUGCUCUUCGCCAGCAGGAAGGUCGAGUGGGUAAGGAAGACCAGCUCUAAUACACAAGACAUCAGCUGCAAGCAGACCAGCAUGGUGGCGCCGCUACACCUACUGCUCUUCGCCAGCAGGAAGGUCGAGUGGGUAAGGAAGACCAGCUCUAAUACACAAGACAUCAGCUGCAAGCAGACCAGCAAGGUGGCGCCGCUACACCUGCUGCUCUUCGCCAGCAGGAAGGUCGAGUGGGUAAGGAAGACCAGCUCUAAUACACAAGACAUCAGCUGCAAGCAGACCAGCAUGGUGGCGCCGCUACACCUGCUGCUCUUCGCCAGCAGGAAGGUCGAGUGGGUAAGGAAGACCAGCUCUAAUACACAAGACAUCAGCUGCAAGCAGACCAGCAUGGUGGCGCCGCUACACCUGCUGCUCUUCGCCAGCAGGAAGGUCGAGUGGGUAAGGAAGACCAGCUCUAAUACACAAGACAUCAGCUGCAAGCAGACCAGCAUGGUGGCGCCGCUACACCUGCUGCUCUUCGCCAGCAGGAAGGUCGAGUGGGUAAGGAAGACCAGCUCUAAUACACAAGACAUCAGCUGCAAGCAGACCAGCAUGGUGGCGCCGCUACACCUGCUGCUCUUCGCCAGCAGGAAGGUCGAGUGGGUAAGGAAGACCAGCUCUAAUACACAAGACAUCAGCUGCAAGCAGACCAGCAUGGUGGCGCCGCUACACCUGCUGCUCUUCGCCAGCAGGAAGGUCGAGUGGGUAAGGAAGACCAGCUCUAAUACACAAGACAUCAGCUGCAAGCAGACCAGCAUGGUGGCGCUGCUACACCUGCUGCUCUUCGCCAGCAGGAAGGUCGAGUGGAUAGACAACGUAGUCCGGCUAGACAACUGGUUGAACUUCGACAUGAACCCUCGCUCGGCUGCGCUGGUGACGGCGCUCAGGCCGGCUAUAGAGAAGCUUGUGGAGAGAGCGGCAGCCGAACCUGAUGCAGCUCUGCAGUUCUCGCCCAAUGAACAGAAGGUGGUAGACUGCAUAAAAUCACUAUGCGUCAUCGAAGCGGGCGACUACAAUAUUCAACGCGAAUGCGGCGUCCCAAGCUUCAGACCCGACCCUGCCAAGAGAGGGAACCGGGGAUGGGGUACCACAGGCCCUCGCGGUGGGGGCUUUGGGGGAAACCAGGGCUUCGGCAACCAAGGUUUCGGUAACCGAGGAGGCUUCUGGGGACGAGGUGGUUUCAGUGGCGGUAACCCCGGCUUCGAAGGUGCUCAAGGUGGUUUCGGCGGGAACCAGGGCGGUUUUGGAGGGAACCAGGGUGGUUUUGGCGGGAACCAGGGAGGUUUCGGCAGUGGUAAUGGUUACGGCCGAGGUGGUUUCGGCAACCGAGGUUUUAACCGCGGAGGAUUCAGAGGCCGGGGCAGAGGACGCGGAAGUUGGUAAUCAUUCCACAUCUAGAAUAGUGACUUGUGAUCUAACUUAUGACUAAGUAAUAAACCAAUUAAAUGUGA